UUUAAAGCUAGAUGAGAUUCAAGGAUAUUUACACCACUGAAGAAACUGAAGAGCCCUACGAACAGCCUUACGCAACAAUUGAAAGUCUCUGCAAAUUUGAUAAAGAGUCUCAAACUGAUGAAACUGAAGAUUGCCCAUGCAGAAGUGGUCAAACUGAUAGGGAUAUUAAAGAUCAAAUAAAAGAUGCAGAGGUUUGCAAACGGAGAUUGAAAUCGUGGAUAUUAAACCACGUUCCUGAACCUGAACUUAAGACUUGGUUUCAGAUGAAUGAGUCCUACUCUGACACUUCAGAUACGUUAGAAAAAGAGGACCUCCUUCCUCUGGACAUGACUAUAGGGACACCCAGCUGUGUGGACGACGCUUACUUUACUCUCUUUACAAUCACCCGGCACGCCUUCCAACUGAUUGGAGGUGAUCUGUACUCAAUGUACAUCAAGCAGGAAUAUUCAAACACGCUGCACCUUUACAACCCUUCAGAAGCACAGCACACGUGUCACAGCUGCCUAACCCAACACUUUGACGUGACGGAACGUUGCGAGGACGUUACUGUCGCUGCUCACGUAGUCCAGACCAGGAAUAUCGUCAACGUGGGAGAUGUUCUUCAAGAGGACACCAAGUUCCCUGCCGGUAUUGGCAAACGAGGACCGAAGACACAGGCAGUACUGGCAGUUCCGGUCCUGCUAGAUAAUGAACAAUGUGCAGGUGUGAUCGAGAUAUGUCGAGACUUUGGGAAGCCACAGUUUACACAACACGACGAGCAGUUGUUACGAAAUUAUUCCAAGUGGGGCGAACUAGUCGUCAGAUAUGCUAAGUUGUAUGAAGCAGUAAAACAUCAGACGGAUUUUAACGACCUACUACUAAACGUGACGAAGUCGUUAUACACGGAUAUUGUGCAGGGCAAAACAGCUGACGAUCUAUCUGUUAUUGAUCAGAUUCUGGAACAAGCAAAAGAUUUGAUAAACGCAGAAAGAUGUUCUCUGUUUUUGAUCGAUAAAGAAACAGACGAACUCUACGCCAAAGCAUUUGAUAUUGGUGCGGGCAGCGACGAGUCAAAGAGCUCGACUAUACGGACACCUAGUAAGAAAGGGGUUAUUGGAGACACCUUUCAGACAGGAAAUGUUAACAGGAUCGAGGAUGUGGACAGUGACGAGCGAUUUAAUAAGGAGAUUGACAAGCUGACAGGCUUCAAGACACGUAAUCUACUGUGUAUACCAAUACACUCUGAUAAGGGAAUAAUAGGGGUCACGGAAAUGGAGCGAGGAUUUUCCCUGAGUGACGAGCGAGCGUUUUACACGCUGACAGUUUUCUGUGGCCUAGCUCUCUAUACUAACAAUCUGGAAAGGAGACUCGCUAGAAUGCUGACGGCUCGAGAGAUAAACAUGAGCGUUUUGAACUACUACCGGGUUUGUUCACAGGACGAGUGUGACGUCAUAGCCGCCCUGCCCCCUAUGCAGGUCUCUUCCUUUCAGCUCUCCAGGUACGAUUUUGACACGUGGAGUUGCAGUCAGGAGACUCAAGUCAGACUUUUUAUCGGACUAUUUGAGGACCUUUUCCCGGGACUCUACGACAGAGACUUACUUAUCAGAUUCACACUUACUGUCAAGAAGAACUACCGAAAAGUAGCGUACCAUAAUUGGGAACAUGCCUUCUGCGUGGCUAACUGUAUGUACUCGAUAUUAAAGUCAAACCAAGUCAUGUGCUUUACUACUAAUGAGAUGUUAGCCUUAUUUGUAGGGUGCAUUUGUCAUGAUCUAGACCACAGAGGUUACACAAACAGCUUCAUGAAGCUUACCGCACACCCCCUCUCUGCUAUCUACUCCAGCAGCAUCAUGGAGAAUCAUCACUACGAACAGACCCUCCAGUUACUCAUGCAAAAAGAUUUGAACGUGUUUGCUAAUCUGAAGCCAGAUGACUAUGUUAACGUAAUCGCGAUCAUGAAGCACGCUAUCAUAGCAACUGAUCUUGCUCUUUACUUCGACAAUAGGACCACUUUAAGAGAGCUUCACAACAAGAAUUUGUUCAACUCUGAUGACAGGGAACACAAGCAGAGACUCAGAGCUCUGAUCAUGACCUGUUGUGAUCUCUGUGCGGUAACCAAACCAUGGAAUGUUCAGAAGAUCGUUGUGGAGCAUAUAAAUGAAGAAUUCCACAACCAGGGAGACCAGGAAAAGGCUCUUGGGUUCGAACCUCUACCUUUGAUGGACCGUGCUAAAGCAGAAACCCAAACAGCUCAAAGCCAGGUAGAUUUCAUAACCUCGGUGUGUUUGCCAGCUUACAAGCUUCUCUCCGAAUUAAUGCCAUCAACCUCACCUAUGUACGAGGGGGCACUGAGUAACCUUAAAAAGUGGGAGACAGUGGCUAAACAUGGUCCCGAAGCUGUUGAAAUUCCAACAAAUAAUGUGGAGAAUCAGGAGGUUACCAAGCCGGCCGCUAAACUCAGACGGACCAAAACUAACGGCAACAAAAAGGGGAAGAAUGUUGGCAAGGAUAGAUUUCCUACCCACAAGGUCUCAAUAGAGUCUAUCAGUGGUAAACGUUUAUCGCUAAACGGGGGGUUUGAAAACCGGUACACGGCCAGACACACCAGGCUGGACUCCCGGAGCAAGAAGAUUGCCGGUACAGACACCUGGAUCAACCCCAAGAAGACAGGCGACAGCUGGCUGAGCUACAAGAAACAACAGAUAACUGGACCUAUGAGGAAGUAUCUGGAACCUGGGGUGGCUUACAAGGAGGCCGGGGCCAAGAAAUCCUUUCGUAAACUUAGACCUGCAGGCGCCCAAAACGUUCAGACAAACAGAGCUGCUCUUGCAUCUAAACCGAUCGUCAGAGGAGACAACAACAACAACAACAAGAUAUCAUCCUCUGGAGCUGUCAGCAAAUACAGUGGAAUGUACUCUAAAUAUAGACAGCGAUAGUUUAUUUUAUUCGCAUUGUUUGGCCGAUUAACUCUACAUUUUAGGACAUAAACCAACUGAUAUAGUGUAUAUUUGAUUAAAAUAGGGUAAAAUAGAGAUAUAAUCGGUAGAUUGAACCGCACAAAUUGAGACAAUUGUGAGGGCAAUUAUUGUAAUUGGACAGUUUCAUAUUAUAUCGUCAACUGAUUUCCACCACUAGGUUCACUUUAAGAUUUGAAUUAGCUACAUUUUACAGGCAGAUUCGUAGCUGACUAGGACUCAUAUUGCUUACAUAACUCUUAAUCUUGCUUUGUAAGAUUGGAUAGUAUAUACUCGUAAUCUCAUAUAUAUUGUAUAACAACCGUUACUUGGUUGAGCCGUGAAUUGCAAAUUAAUCGUUAUUUAAUGUUGUAGAAAGUCCAUUAGUUGUUAUUUAAUGUAGAUAGUUGUAGAUAAGUUUAUUCGUUUACCUUACAUAAAUUAUUUUGUAAUUAAGAUUCAUUGAAUAUAGAUUCAAGGUAACCCAAGCUAUUUGAUUGUUUAUAGGUUUUUGGAUUACAUUAUUAUGAUUCUGUUGUCUGUCGCAUUUACUUGUCCAGAACGAAAAAGUUAUAACCAUGAUAAUUUGGUUUUUUUAAUCUUUUGAUUAAUUUUCUUUCUCCGUUCGACUAGGUGAUGAGCUGUUUUUGGUAAAACUUUCAUGAAAUAAUCAUCUGGCUGACACGUCCACAAUAAUCUCAAAUUAUUUGUUAUUAUUACAAUAUAGCUGUAUUGAAAGUAUUAAAACGAUUAUGGACGUCACAGUCAGAAAAUUACUUAAUUAAAUUUUUACCUAAAACAAUUUGUCACUUACUCGUAGUCGAACAGAGAAAGAAAAUCUAUCUAAACAAAAUUUCAUACUAUGCGACUAAAAAACUAUCAGCUGCUCAAGUAUAGUACUUUUUAAUCUACUUUAGUAUACUUUAACUUAUAUUCGUUGAAAACAGUCCUGAAAUCAGAAAAUACAUGUUUUGUUUCCUUUUUUGUUUACAGUUUACGUUGUAUGAUUGUUAAAAUUAUUUAACAUAAAAAAGAAAUUAAAUUAAUGUUUAUUUUAACAAAAAUAGAACUUAUAAACGAUUUGUUUUCAGCGUUUAAGUUAAUUUUGAGCUGACUUAGCUGCUUUAUGACACUUCAAAAAUAUCUAUUUUCUCUCAUGGAAAUUUUAAUUGUAACCGUCAAUUAGGUAGAUGAUAAUCAUAAUAUGUCUAUGAACAUCAUAUUUUGAUGAUACUGAAAGUGAUACAUAUUGAUAUUUUUACUGCUAAGACUAGAUGGACCCUCUUUGAAGUAUUGCUAGUUUUGCAGAUGUAUUUUGACGGUGACCAUCUCAUUUUUAAAAUUGACAAUAUGAACAAUUGUACUCAUUUAUGUCAGAUUUAAACCAUAUAAUUAUAAAACGUAUGUAUUUUACUAGAAUUAGAGUUGUGAGUGAAAACAUAGUUCAAUGUUUUUGCUCUCAUUUUAAUAGACUGGACGGAAUAACUGUGAUUAUUCUGUUGCCUUAUAGGUUGUAUAUUAUUUAUUUAAUUUCAAUACGAUACAUUAAGUUGAACUUGAAAGUGCAUAUCACGUUUGUGAAUUAGUUUUUGUAUAUGCUGAUAGUGAUCUAGAUUAACGUUGCAAAG